AUGGCAGUUUUCAAGUACCUCUUCUCUCAAACCCAACGUUACUACUUCUCCAAAACGCCGUUGCACCACAUUUCUUCCCUCCUUCUCCACCGCCUCUUCUCCGCAGAACCUGACCCAGAUGCCAAUCCCAACUUCCCUGACCAAGGUACCCGGACGUGGACCCAGGAUGAAAUGCGGUACAUCGAGGAUGCCCUAGUGAUUUUCCCAAUUUCGUACCCGUCCAGGGUUGUCCCUUUGCCUGAGGACCGUGUGAAAGAAGAGAAUGAGGGUAGUAAAAAUGAGAGUGACGAAUUGGAGAGGGAGAUGAGGAGGAUUGAUGAUGAAAGGUGGAAUGCCAUAAUGACGAGGAGAUGGGUAUUGGGUGAGGACUAG